UAGGCACAAAAUUUUAAAGGCUUAAGAAUUACAAAUGGAAGCUAGUUUAUUCCUACUUUUUCUACUGUCUUUCUACUCUUUUAUACCCAAUAUUAUCUCUACUACAACAAAUGUAAUCACUACAAAUCACAACAUCACAGAUGGUGAAACUAUUGUUUCAUCUGGUGGAACCUUUGAGAUGGGAUUUUUCAGUCUCAGUGGUUCCUCAAAUCGAUAUAUCGGGAUAUGGUACAAGCAAAUUCUUCCUAUGCAAACAGUUGUAUGGGUUGCCAACAGAGAGAAACCACUCACCAAUACAUCUUCAGUUGUUUUGAAGGUCACCAAGCGGGGAAUACUCGCUCUUCUUAAUGACAAAAAUGAAAUGAUAUGGUCCACCAACACUUCACGAUCAGUCCAAAAUCCAGUUGCAGUACUUUUAGAUUCUGGUAAUCUUGUUGUAAAAGAUGCAAAUGAUGACAACACCGAUAAAUUCCUCUGGCAGAGCUUCAAUUUUCCAACCGAUACGUUCUUGCCUAAUAUGAAGCUUGGCAAGAAUUUUCACACUGGCCAAGAUGUUUACCUUUCAGCAUGGAAGAAUGAAAGUGAUCCAACUCCAGGGGAAAUCAGUCUUCACAUUGAUCCUACUGGAUAUCCACAGACUGUCGUCAAACGUGGCACAAGUGUAAUAGGUAGUUCAGGACCAUGGAAUGGUUUACGUUGGAGUGGUGAUCGCGUGCCACCACCAAACCAAAGCAGCAUUUAUAGAAUUCAGUAUGUUUUCAACAAGGAAGAGGUUUCCUAUAGUUAUUACUUCAUAGACAGUUUGAUGUUACCAAGGCUAGUCCUGACUAGCAGUGGUUAUAUACAAGGACUCAUGUGGGUGAAUCAGACCAAGACUUGGCUUCACCUCAGUUUACCUCCUAACACAUGUGAUACGUAUAGCGUAUGUGGCGCCUAUGGGAGCUGUGACAUAGAUCAUUCCCCUGUUUGUACUUGUUUAGAAAAGUUUGUCGCGAAAUAUCCACAACAAUGGGAAAAGGGAGAUUGGUCAAAAGGAUGUGUUCGGAGGAAACCUUUCGAUUGCAACAAGGAACAUGUGUUUCUAAAAUAUUCUGGAAUUAAGUUGCCAGAUACUAAGUACUCUCAGUACAAUACAACCAUGACCCUAGAUAACUGUAGGCAAGUGUGCUCGAGGAACUGCUCUUGCACAGCUUAUUCGAGUCUAGAUAUAAGGAAUGGAGGCAGAGGUUGCUUGUUUUGGUUUGGGGAGUUGAUUGACAUCAAAAAGAUAUCUGGAGGGCAGGACAUCUACAUCAGGAUGGCUUCUUCAGAACUAGUAUCUGAGGCAGGUUCUAAAAGAAAGACGGCAAAGAUACUCGCAGUGAGUUUCUCACUAUUGAUGGCAAUGGUUCUGCUAGGCCUUAUUCUUCUGCUGUACAAGUGGAAAAAGAACAAACUAAAACUCAAAGAAGAAUUUGAGCUUCCACUGUUCCAAUUGUCGACAAUAACAAGAGCCACAGAUAACUUUUCGGUGAACAACAAGAUUGGAGAGGGUGGAUUUGGACCAGUUUACAAGGGGGUCCUGGAAGAGGGACAAGAAGUGGCUGUGAAGAGACUGUCAAGGACUUCCAAGCAAGGACUUGAUGAAUUCAAGAACGAAGUUAUCUAUAUUUCCAAGCUUCAGCAUCGAAAUCUUGUGAGACUUCUUGGUUGCUGCAUUCAAGGGGAAGAAAAAAUGUUGAUCUAUGAAUACAUGUCUAACAAAAGCUUGGACUCAUACAUAUUUGAUCAAACAAAGAGCAAAUUACUUGAUUGGCCAAAGCGUUUCGACAUCAUAAAUGGAAUAGCACGUGGCUUACUGUAUCUCCAUCAAGAUUCUCGACUACGUAUUAUCCAUAGAGACCUUAAAGCAAGCAAUAUUUUGCUAGAUAUGGAAAUGAAUCCAAAGAUAUCAGACUUUGGGUUGGCUAGAAGUGUUGCAGGGAAUGAGAUGGGAGCAAACACAAGCCAUGUGGUUGGGACACACGGCUACAUGUCCCCAGAAUAUGCAGUAGAAGGGACCUUCUCCGUAAAAUCUGAUGUGUUUAGCUUUGGCGUCUUGGUUUUAGAGAUUGUGAGUUGCAAGAAAAAUAGAAGCUUUUUCGAUCAAAAUCAAAGCCUUAACCUUCUCGGAUAUGCAUGGAAGCUUUACAAGGAAGAUAGGUCCUUGGAACUAAUUGAUGAACAACUAGCUGGUUCUUGCUAUAUUUCUCAAGUUUUAAGGUCAAUCCAAGUCGGUCUAUUAUGUGUGCAACAAUGUCCAGAAGAUAGACCAGACAUGUCUUCUGUCAUUAUGAUGUUGGGUAACAGUCAUGGAAGUCGACUGCCAGAAGCUAAAGAACCAGGAUUUUUCCCAGAAAGAGAGGUACUUGAUGCAGACAAAUCAGGAUCACAGAAUGAACUCACAAUCACAUCUAUAUAUCCUCGGUAGAGUG